UUAUUUAUUUAUGACUUCAGGAUUAUGAAAUCAAUUUCGCAACAUUAUUUUCUUCCGAAAAGUACCGAAAAUUUUGGCUUUCUAAAAUAUGUAUAAAUGCGACCACUAAAAUCGAUACUUAUUCAGUUGCUUUCCUGUAACUUACAAUGGAUACAAAUAAAGCGUUGAUUAUAUCUGUUUUUGGUUUGUUGGCCACCGUGGCUAGUGUGAUUGGUUCCGAUACCGCAUAUAAUGCACGGGUCGUGAAACUUCAGGUUCCCGCGGAACUUCCCAGCAUCGAGCCAGGCGACUUUUUGAGCGGACUUAUUUCCGGCGGUCAAGCUGUGAACGCGAAUGAUAUUCCGUACAUUGUGGGCGUCAUCAAUCAGGUUUCGUUGACAACACGCUGGUGUGCUGGUUCUUUGAUCUCUAUGCAUUUCGUACUCACUGCAGCCAGCUGUUUUACGUCGGAUUCAACCUCGGUAACGGUUUAUUUGGGCGCGUCAAAUAUGACUGAUAUCGCGGACAUUGUGUCAGCAGAUGCGCUCAUAAUUCACGAUGGUUUUUAUCCUGGAAUUAAUACCAAUGAUAUUGCUCUUUUGCGACUAAAUCGGGCAGUUUUUCCUACACCAAGAGUUCGUCCCGUUCGUUUGCCCAAUUUGCGCCAGAUGGGUUCACUCUUCACUAACCAGAUUGGUGCAAUGUCCGGUUGGGGCUCCCAGCAUGUCAACUCGCCGGAAAUGUUCCCCCUGAAUGAACUGCGUCGAGUUUUUCUUCCCCUGAUGGACAACGAAGUUUGUCUGGAGCGAUUCCCUGGGCUUAUUACAGAUAACCACAUCUGUGCUGCAGCGGACAUUGGAUCUCCGUGCCAAGGGGACUACGGUGGCCCACUGACAGUUCCGGAUCCGGACGGAGGAACCACACAAGUUGGCAUUUUUCGUUUCUCUCAAAUUAUGGAUGUAGCUCUGGUUGGCCCGCGGUGUUCACGAGGAUUACUCCCUACCUACAGUGGAUCGAACGAAACUCGGAUGUGACUAUCUUGAAUAAUUUUGAGUAUUGUGGAUGUGAAAUAUAAGCUUUUAAUGAACUAUAAUUGGAAUCGUGAAAGUGCUUGUCUCAAUUGAAGAUAAUCACUCUCCAAAAUAGUUUCCUACUGUUUAACAAAUGGACAUUUCAAACACCCUUGUCCCUUAUCUUUAAUUUUUACAUUUAUCUAUUGGGGUUGCA